GAGCCUCUCAUUGUGGUCCAGUCUGAUGCGUGACAGACAGCACGCGGUCCGGCGUCUCAACACGACGAUGAGAUCACGAUGAGUUGGUGAUUUAUUAUUAUUAUUUUAAAUCAUCACUGCGCACGUGCCUCGCUGCUCUCGGACGCGUCUUCUUCUCUCUGCAGCGCUCGUGCAUCGAUCGUUUCGUUAAGGGACUCUGGACCCGCCCCUUUCCUCUCACAUCAUCCGACCACAGAGACCUGAUGACGGCCAACAGCAGGUACAAGAGCCGCGCGCCGCAGGCAGAGGAUGGAGAGGAAAAAGAUUACGUUGGCUUUGCGACGCUGCCCAACCAGGUGCACAGGAAGUCGGUGAAGAAGGGAUUUGACUUCACCCUCAUGGUGGCAGGUGAGUCUGGUUUGGGUAAAUCCACUCUGGUGAACAGCUUGUUCCUCACAGACCUGCACAAAGACAGAAAACUGCUCAAUGCAGAAGAGCGGAUCAGUCAGACGGUGGAGAUCACCAAACACACCGUGGACAUCGAGGAGAAGGGGGUGAAGCUGAAGCUGACCAUCGUGGACACUCCCGGGUUUGGAGACGCUGUCAACAACACUGAGUGCUGGAGGAACGUCACCGACUACAUCGACCAGCAGUUUGAACACUACUUCAGAGACGAGAGCGGACUCAACAGGAAGAACAUCCAGGACAACAGAGUGCACUGCUGCCUGUACUUCAUCCCUCCGUUUGGACACGGGCUCCGUCCCGUCGACAUCGAGUUCAUGAAGGCGCUGCAGGAGAAAGUGAACGUGGUUCCUCUCAUCGCUAAAGCCGACUGUCUGACUCCCUCUGAGAUAAAGAAGCUCAAAGAGCGGCUGAGAGAAGAGAUCGAUAAAUUCGGGAUAAAGAUCUAUCAGUUCCCCGACUGCGACUCCGACGAGGACGACAAGUUCAAGCGUCAAGACAAAGAGCUGAAGGAGAGCUCUCCGUUCGCUGUGAUCGGCAGCAACACCGUGGUGGAGGCCCGAGGUCAGAGGGUGAGGGGGCGGCUCUACCCGUGGGGCAUCGUGGAGGUGGAGAACCCGUCACACUGCGACUUCGUGAAGCUGAGGACCAUGCUGAUCAGAACCCACAUGCACGACCUGAAGGACAUCACCAGCGACGUCCACUACGAGAACUACAGAGCCCAGAGCAUCCAGACCAUGACCAGUAAGAUGAAUGCAGAUAAGCGGGUGGAGAGCCCGAUCCCAAUCCUGCCGCUGUCCACACCCGACGUGGAGACGGAGAAACUCAUCAAGAUGAAAGACGAUGAACUGAGGAGGAUGCAGCAGAUGCUCCAGAAGAUGCAGCAGCAGAUGCACGAGCAGGACCUGUGACCUGUGACCUGUGACCUCUUAAUGUGACGUCUGUUAUUCAGGACACAGAAAUCAAACACAAAGCGCAGAUUUAAACCUUCGUAAAAGUCCAUCUCCUCCAUACAGAAGCCCUGACUCUGGUGAUCUAAAUCUGAUCUAAAGUCUUUUAUGUUCGCUAGCCUCUUGUGGCCGAAAUCAGUAUUACAACAACAAACUUAUAACCAAGCCAUAAACACAGGAGAUAAGAAUACUUAAAGAAAUCCCUUUCCUCUCUUUUUUACCUCUCAGGGCUUCCGUACUUCAGUGGAUGAAGAACUCUUUAGAUAAAAACAGUCUCAAAGAAACAGUAGGUGAACAGCAUGCUGGGAGAUCAUUUAAAUAAUAAACUUUGUUUUUUUUAAAUGCAGUCAUUAGCCAAGUGAGUGUAGUUCGGCGUUAAUAGAGAGUAGAUCACACUUUAGAUCACAGCAGUUUAAAUACUAACUGAGACUAAUGCACCGAUCAUGUAGUAGUUCAUGCUCUGAUACUGAGACUCAAUGUGUGCAACUGAGACGUUGAUGGAUUU